AUGUCAGCCCCCGUUCCUGCCUGUUAUUCAGACAUUGGCAAAUCUGCCAGUGAUCUGUUAGGCAAAGACUAUCCCGUUGGUAUUUUCAAACUUGAAGCUAAAAAUGCUGCUCCUAAUGGUGUAUCUUUUACCCUCUCUGGUCAUAAAGACUCGAAAAGUGGUAACAUACAUGGAGAAUUUAAGAGCAAAUAUCAUUAUCCUAAGAAAGGUAUUACACUCACCGAAACUUGGACAACACAUAACCACUUAAGUGCCCAAGUAGAACUAGAUAAUAGUCUUGCAAAAGGUUUAAAGUUGGACAUGACUGCACAUCUCCAACCUCUUCAUGGAAAUAAGAACGUCAAAGGAGGCUUAAUUUUCAAACAGCCUGGUUUCCAUACAAAGCUUUAUGUCGAUGUUCUUAAAGGACCUUCUUUUCAGGGGGAUGUUGUAAUUGGUCACGAGGGAUUCCUUAUGGGUGGUGAGGCGUGUUAUGAUGUUACGGAUGGUAAAGUUACUCGUUACGGUGUUUCCGCUGGUUAUACGGCUCCUGAAUAUAACGUUACUCUUAAAGCAACCAACUCCAUGUCUGCUUAUACCCUUUUAUACUACCAUCGUGUACAUCCUGAUAUUGAAGCUGGUGCAAAAGCUCAUUGGGAUACUAGUUCAAAUAAUGACAGUGUUAAUAUGGAAAUUGGUGCUAAAUAUUUUUUAGAUCGUGAUGCAUUUUUAAAAGCUAAAAUUGAUAACAAUGGUCGUUUGGGUCUUGGAUACACACAAGCACUUCGUCCAGGUGUUAAAAUCUCUCUUGGUGGUAGCAUUGACACAUCCAAGUUGGGCGAAAAUAAUCAUCGAUUUGGAGUUUCUCUUAAUUUAGAGUCCUAA